AUGGAUGUUGCAGUCGAUAACAAGGACGACGAGCUUGAUUAUAGCAGUUUGCCUCGUCUGGUGAUCGAUCCUUACGAGUAUCUUGAGAAAAUUCCGGGAAAUAACGGCCACAUCAGAAAUCAGUUCUUACAGGCCUUCAAUGAAUUGUACUAUCACAUAGAAUAUGAGGAUGUGCUCGACGAAAUUGAUCACAUCGUGACGAUCUUCCAUGAGCUGUCGCUACUCAUUGAUGAUAUUGAAGAUGAUUCCAGCUUUAGACGAGGUUGGCCGGCAGCUCAUACCAAAUACGGAGUACCCUUGACUAUAAAUUGUGGGAACUUGAUGUACUUUGUUGCAAUGAAGAGGGCAACUAGUGUGUUACCUGAAAUAUAUCUGAAGCAUAAUCCCAGGAUAUGUGUGGCCGAGUUGUCGGCGUCGAUUCAGAAGAUAUUGACUAAUGAAAUGAUUAAUUUGCAUCAUGGACAAGGACUUGAUAUCUAUUGGCGAGACACCCCUAAUGUUAUUGAAAACAACUUACCGAGCUUGACCGAGUAUGCUGAGAUGGUGAUGAAUAAGACCGGGGGGCUAUUCAGGCUCUCGAUUAAGUUAUUAGAGCUUUUUUCAACCAGUGAAACGUCCCAACCAUCAAAGAUUCCAUUGGCUAACUUGUUGGGUAUAAUAUACCAGAUUCGAGAUGACUAUCUCAAUUUAGUCGACGAACGUUAUAACCAUAUGAAGGGGACUAGUGGCGAAGAUUUGUUGGAAGGGAAGGCAUCAUUACCUAUUCUUCAUUGUUUGAAGAAUUCUGAGAAAUCACCGGUUUAUCGAAUGCUAACCGAGUAUAAAACUAGCGAAGAAAGAGCCAAGUCGGACCUAUUGAAGGUAGCGAUUCAGUUCAUGGAGGAGGAAACGCAAUCGUUGGCAUUUACUAAACACCUAUUGCUUGAAUAUUGUGACAAGGCCAGAAACGAGAUUGUGCAAACAACUGGCAACAAGGAUUCGAUGUUGAUUCAAAUAAUCCACAAAUUGUCUAUGGUUUGA